AUGGGCGGCACCCGCCAUCUCGAGAAGUGUUGGAGCAAGAUCCAUGACCGUCGCGAAAGAGGGUACUACCUUGUUCUGGGGCCACGACCGGGGGGCCGGGGGGGGGGGGGGGGGGGGGAGGAAUCGGACUACCAUGGGCAGCACUCGAAUGCCGCCUUCCGUAGAGUAUAUCUUGUACAACCUGGUACCCUCGACUGGGCUGAAGCACGCUAUGAAAGCCGCUACGGAACAAUUAAAUCCCACUGGAAGAUCAAGGAUGACGGUGACAAGAAAUUAUUUCACCUGGCCAUUACUGUGCCUCCGAACUCCAUAGCGUGGGUGAUCACCCCGGAAAAGCAGGGGUCGAAGGACACUGAUGAGAAUGAAUCUGGUGUAGGGUCUAGCCUAGAUAUGGCGGAGAUCAAUUUUGCCCUCCGGACUUAUUAUUGCCUCCCUCGGAGUAUCUAUUCAAACCCGCACAUCCCUUGCGGUGCUAAGAACUUGGUGGCUCUGUCCUGCGCCAGUCAGAACCGCCGGGCGGCCCAACCGAAGCCCGAGUGGGCCCCCGAUAUCUUCGACUGA